AUGGCCGUCUUCUCCUUCUACAUAUUCGAUCGCCACACCGAAUGUAUAUACACCAAAUCAUGGCUACCCGCCCAACGGCCCUCCUCGCGCACUGGCACCAGUGCCUCCGACGACGCUAAGCUCAUCUUCGGAACCGUAUUCUCUCUGCGCAACAUGGUUCGCAAGCUGGGCGGUGACGACGACGCCUUCAUCAGCUAUCGUACGGGGCAGUACAAGCUUCAUUACUACGAGACGCCAGCAAAUUUGCGCUUCGUCUUGCUCACUGACACGGGCUCGCCAAGUAUGCGAAAUGUCUUGCAUCAGAUAUACAUAAAUCUUUGGGUAGAAUAUGUUGUCAAGAAUCCACUUGCGCCUGUCGAACAUAAGGGCGGCGAAGGCGUCAAGAAUGAACUGUUUGAGCUGGGCCUAGACCAAUUUAUUCGUGGCUUGCUGUGA